AUGGCGUAUCAGUUACACCACAAUACCAAACGCAAGUUCGAUGAUUAUGCUGCCGCAGAUGCUUGGAUGAGAUAUGACGAAACCCUCCCUCUUUCUCUGUCAUCCCCCAUUCAAUUCUUCGUCCGUAUGUUUUCCGGCGGCAAAACCCUGGUUCUUCAAGCUGAUUCCUCCGACUCUGUUGCAUCAGUUCACCGGAAAAUCCAAUCGAUCACCGGCAUUCGAUCAAUUCAAUCGACCUCCGGUGUACCACGAAUGGAACAGCGAUUAAUCUACCGCGGGAAACAGCUUCAGUUGCAACAAAGGUUAUCCGAAUGUGGUAUACAAAACGAUGACACCCUGCAACUCGUUGGAAGAAUGAGAAGCACGCGCCAUCCUCACACGUGGAGGCUGAUGAAUGACUUAAAUUCGCUUAUUCAUGCCCUCUGCAACUGCAAUGACAACACAGAUGUUAAUGCUAAUGUCACCUGUAUGAUGAAGAUGCUUACAGAUUUUCUCACGAUGACCCCAAAGGAUGGCGCAGAUAGAUCGGAGCAAUAUCUCCAAAUAUUUAUUCACUCCUCUGUUCCUGCGGCUCUGGUAAAACUUUAUGUAUCUCCUUCUGUAACUACCAAACAAGCUGGUCAUGAAUGUAUUUGUCAAUUUAUAGAUUCAUGUAAGACACUUUUCGCCAACCCUGUAACUGUAUAUAGGCAGUUUGCUCCUAUAUUGUUCGAGUUUUGUAAGAUUCUAAGAGGGGCUGUGGGUGUUGAUGAUGCUUUGUAUAUAUUUUGCCGUAGUAGUUUAGCUGCAAUGAUGAAGGGUUAUGUCCAUGAUGUCAAGUGUAUGUUAAGAUUGCAAGAUGUUUUUCCUUUUGUUCGUGAGUUGGCAACAAGGUUAUCGUGUGCUUUAGAAUUGAGUGUGCAAUCAGCUGAGUUUAUACAGUUAUCAGACAGCGAUGUGCGUGAGUUUAUUAAGUUUAUGCAUCCAGUAAAGUGUGCAAUACGGCGUCAACAAACAUUUGGCUGUCCGGUCAGUUUCCCUUCCUUGAUGCAAAGUGAGGCAGGAAAUGAAAGAAUUGAGAUUGAAGGCGUGCAUCGUGUAUUUUGUGACUUGCAGGAAAAAAUGGAGCUGUGUCUGAAGAAACUGGAAAGCCAGCUGGGUUUGAUAAACAAAGAAAGAGGUGAGCAUAUUGUAAGCUGUUGGCCCCUCUAUCUUUUAAUUCUUAAGGAGUUAGAAAGCAUUUCAAAGUUGUAUAACGGUUUGGAGGAAAUGUUUUGGGAGAAGAUGAGGCAAAGAAGAGUUGAAUUGUGCUUUCUGAUGGUUAGACUUUCAAAAAGGUCUACAGAUUAUCAGUGGAUUCUUGAGCACAAGGAGGUAACAAAUUUUAAGAUAAGGCAGCGGUUUGCCUUGAAGAUGCUUCGAGAAGGGAGGCACAAGAACGAGGAGUUUUACGAGAUGCUCAUUUGCAGGUCUCGCUUGUUUGAACAAUCAUUUGAGUACAUUGGACAUGUGAAUCCUAGGUCGCUGCGAGGCCAGUUGUUUAUGCAAUUUGAGAAUGAAGAAGCUACCGGACCUGGUGUAUUGAGGGAGUGGUUUUCCUUGGUAUUUGAAGCCAUUUUCAACCCUCAGAAUACUCUAUUUGUUUCAUGCCCAAAUGACGGUAGAAGGUUUUUCCCAAAUCCAGCAUCUAAAGUGGACCCCUUGCACCUUGAGUAUUUUACCUUCUCCGGCAGGAUGAUUGCGUUGACCUUGUUGCAUAGAGUACAAAUAAGUAUUGCGUUUGAUCGUGUGUUCUUUUUGCAAUUAGCUGGAGAGGAUAUUUCGUUUGAAGACAUUAGGGAUGCAGAUCCCUACUUGUACAGUGGCUGCAAGAAGAUACUGGAGAUGGAUGCGAAGAUGGUGGAUGAAGAUAUCCUAGGCCUAACAUUUGUUUGUGAAGAUGAAGAAUUGGGAUCCAGGAAAGUGGUGGAGCUUUGCCCUGAUGGGAAAAAUACGAUAGUGAACAGUGAGAAUAGGGAUAACUAUGUUAAUCGUCUUGUUAAACACCGUUUUGUCACAUCAAUUGCUCAUCAGGUAGCCCAUUUUUCUCAAGGUUUUGGUGACAUAAUUACUGACCGACGGCUCCGGAAAUCCUUCUACCGGAUCCUAGAUCAUGAAGACCUUAACAAGAUGCUUCAUGGGAGUAAAACUGCUGUUUCUGUAGAAAACUGGAAAGAACAUACAAAUUACAAUGGCUACAAAAAAGAUGACCUUCAAAUAUCCUGGUUCUGGGAGAUAGUUGGAAGUAUGUCGGCUGAGCAGAAAAAUGUGCUUCUCUUUUUCUGGACUUCAAUCAAGUCUCUGCCUGUUGAGGGUUUUGGUGGUCUAGAUUCUAAACUUCACAUCUACAAAACCUUAGACUCUCAUGAUAAAUUGCCUUCCGCGCACACAUGCUUUUAUCGCCUGUGUUUUCCUCCUUAUCCAUCUAUGGAUGUCAUGCAAAAUCGUCUUAACAUAAUCACCCAAAAUUAUGUUGGUUGCAGCUUUGGUGCUGAGUGAUGCGCAAAUUUUUGGGUUGAACUUGUACAUGUGAUC